AUGCCUGGAGCCAACGAUGGCCAAGGUAGAAACAUUGGACAGCAGCCCGUAAACGCCGGUUACCCGGUCCCGUCUGCGAGGUUGAACCGUCGACAUCGGCCCAGAUUGCUUCAGGAGUACAUCCAGGAUCAGGCUCUACAUUAUGAAGCUAUGGCACUGCAAAAUGACGACGACGAGAUCAUCGAGGGUGAUUCUGAGGAUGAGGAUGAUAUGUACCACGAGUAUUUAAAUACAGUUUCUUGGAACCGUUUUCACGCAAGACACGAGAGGGAUUUCUGGGGUCUCAAGGGAAAGUCCUGCUGA